AUGGCGGUCCCCCAGCGGACGCUGACUUGGCUAUACUCGGUCUUGAGCAAGGACCAUUACGACCCCAAACAAACCUACCACGAUCCUAACCGGACCUACCACGACGUUGCCCAUGCGCUCGCCCAGUACCCCUCGCUCUCCCCGCGAACCGACGUCUACACGUACGAGAAUGGCUUCUCAGCGCUCCUCCUCCACGUUGUGGGCACACUCCCUGUCACCUUCCGGGGCACGACGUACCGAUUUCCGAUCGCGCUUUGGAUUCCCAAUACCUACCCUCGGGAGCCUCCGAUCAUCUAUGUGACACCUACGCAAGACAUGGCGGUUCGCGUUGGGCAACAUGUUACGCUCGAGGGGCGGGUGUAUCAUCACUAUUUGGCCCACUGGGCGGAGGCAUGGGAUAGAUCAACUAUUUCCGACAUGCUGUCCAUCCUUCGAGACGUGUUCGCCAAAGAACCUCCCGUUCGAUACAGGCAACCGAUGCCCCCUCAGUCGCAGCCGCAACAAGGUCCAAUGCAGAGUCCACCACCUGUACCACCUUUGCCUCCUGGGAUUGGACCUUCAAUGGCCCCAUCGCAGAGUUCAGCUCACAGUCAAUCCCCCAAUCAAGCCGCCAAUACUCCACCACAGCUACCACCCAAACCAGGUGCCACUGCGGAGGCUCAACAUACACCCGCGCCAGGUGCAGAACGAUAUCAAUCCCCUCCUCCACUCCCUCCAUUGCCGCCAAAGGGACCUGGUGCUCCUCGAGGCUCCAUCCCAGGGCAUCUGAGCUCGAUGAGCCCAGGAAGCCAAGUAUCUCAGCAGUUCGUUGCGGCGCAACCGUCUAUACCGCCUCAUAUGCAACCAGACUUGGCAGCUUAUAACAGGACCCCUGCUGGUGCUAGCUAUACACCACAAGCAGUCUAUCCUCGGCAGGCUGGACAGGCUGUUGAGCCCCAAAUGCCGUUGUCGCAACAGCAGCAGUCAUAUGCCCAACCAACACUUCAAGCACACCCGUCUCAAUAUCCGGGGUACCAGUCACCACCCGACCAACAGCAACAGCCACAGCCCCAACGUCAAGGACCUUCAUACCCACAGGGUCACUAUCAAGGUCCACCUCCAGCAGCAGCAGCGCCAGCAUCGAAGAAAGAAACCCCGGAUCUCCUCACCUCCCCCUUCGAGCUCGAACUCCCUUCAUUUACCCCCACGGGUCCCGCGCCCCCCAUCCCCCCGAAUCCAGAGAAAGACGCCUUACUCCAUGCCGUCUCGCAAACCCUCGCCGAGACCCUGAACAAUCACGCCGCCCAAUCCGACUCGGCAGCCCAAUCCCUCGUCGCGCAAUCACGGUCCCUCCAAGCCGCCAUGGCAACUCUCCAGGGAGAAGUCACCGCCCUAACCGCCCUCCAUUCAACCCUCCAGUCCAACACGGCAAUACUCCAACAAACCAUCCACCGCGCAGACACAACCAUCGCCGACGCCCAAGCCCGCUCCGCAUCAGCCGGAACCUCGGGCACCCCCUCCUCUUCCACCGCAACCGGCACGUCCGACUCGCACUCCGGUCUCCCGCCAAUCGACGAAGUCCUCGUCGCGCCGACGGUCGUCGGAAAGCAACUGUACGACCUCGUCGCGGACGAACAGGGUCUUCAGCAUGCGCUGUAUGCGUUGCAGUCGGCCCUGGUGCGGGGCGUGAUUGGGGUUGAUUCUUGGUCGAGGCAUACGCGUGGUCUUGCACGGGAGGCCUUUUUGAAACGCGCGUUGAUUCGAAAGAUUGGUCGUGGCAUGGGGUUGGAAGAGGGUGUUCCUGUGGUGUGA